AUGGAUUCGGAUAGCAGCAAAAAGGAGAAAGAAAGCUUUCCUUUUGGAAAGAGGAGACAAACCAGAGAACAGGAGACGCCACCAGAUUUCUUCUACUUUUCAGAUUUCGAGCGACACAACUCCGAGAUUGCUGCCUUCCACCUGGACAGAAUUCUGGAUUUCCGCCGCGUGCCACCUGUUGCCGGGCGACUGGUUAACAUGACCAAAGAAAUCAGAGACGUGACCCAUGACAAGAAGCUCUGGAGGACAUUCUUCAUCUCCCCAGCCAACAAUGUGUGCUUCUACGGAGAGUGUUCCUACUAUUGUUCUACCGAGCACGCUCUGUGUGGGAAGCCUGACCAGAUCGAAGGCUCACUGGCUGCUUUCCUACCUGAUCUGGCGCUGGCUAAAAGGAAAACCUGGAGGAAUCCAUGGCGACGGUCUUAUCACAAACGCAAGAGAGCAGAGUGGGAGGUUGAUCCUGACUAUUGCGAGGAAGUCAAACAGACUGCCCCUUACAACAGCGGCACCCGGCUUCUCGAUCUCAUCGACAUGACUAUUUUUGACUUCCUUAUGGGAAAUAUGGAUCGGCACCAUUAUGAAACUUUUGAAAAAUUUGGAAAUGAUUCAUUUAUUAUUCAUCUGGAUAAUGGACGUGGGUUUGGGAAACACUCACAUGAUGAGCUCUCCAUCCUGGUGCCAUUGAAUCAGUGCUGCAGAAUAAAGGAAUCGACAUACCGCCGGCUACAACUCCUGGCUAAAGAAGAGUACAAGCUGAGCGAGGUGAUGGCAGAGUCACUCGAACGGGAUAAACUCUCACCCAUUCUGAUAGAGCCGCACCUGAAAGCCAUGGACAGGAGGUUACGAAUCAUUUUAAGAUCAGUCAGCGACUGUGUGGAAAAGGAAGGACGAAGUGCUGUGGUGGAGAACGACAUAGACUACGAUUUCAAUUCAAUCGCGACCAAUAGGUAGUAGAGGGAGGGUGACGUCCUCUUUUUUUAACUCGUGUAAGUGAGAAAUGGAAAGUCUUACCGAGACUGGCUAUUUAUGUUACUUUUUGAAUUCAGUGAAUUCAGAACAGAGAUGUAAUUGUUCCCAAAUAUGUAAAGUAUAGACUCCAUCCCAGAUUAUUAUAACUAAAGUUUCUAAGUUAAAGCAUUUAUUUGUUUUUCUCGAUGAUAUCCAGUUCUGAGAUGUGAAUAUUGAACAGGUAGGAGUGUGCAAUCCCAAAACCGAAGAAUUUUUCAAAUAGAUAUAUAUAUAGAGAGAGAGAGAUUAUAUAUAAAGAGGAAUCAUGCUAAUGAGUGAAAAUACUUGAAAGCUGGUUAAACUGAUUUGAGCAACCUGGGCAUUGCUCAUUCCGAAAUGAGGCAGCAAAGCUGUAAUGUCGAUUCUCCUUCGAACCUUCCGGCACACGUCGAGCAGCCACUGCCAGCUUUGCUUUUCAAGUUCUUUAGUGUACAGGUACAGGCUGGUGAGCUGGUUUCUUGUGGCUGUAGGCUUUUGCAUUCGCAGUGUUCUCAGAGGGGGGUGGGCGGGUGUGCGGUUUGUGGUUAAUGUUUUUGCGAUACGGUGAAAGUGCAAUAAAGAUUAUGGCAACAA